GAUCAGCUUCUGUGAUCUGCCGAGAAUACUGGGACAGACUGACGAUCUCUCUUUUUUUCUACCUGGAGCUACGUUCGUUGAUCAUCAGUCUUGAAGCAUAUUCCUAUCCUUCUUUUGAUGAAGAUAAUCCUUGGUCAUGGAGGAUUACAAGUAUCUCUUUAAAGUCGUUCUGAUUGGCAAUGCUGGGGUCGGCAAAACGUGUCUUGUUAGGCGUUUCACACAGGGCUUAUUUCCACCUGGACAAGGUGCUACUAUAGGUGUUGAUUUCAUGAUAAAGACGAUAGAGAUCGGUGGAGAAAAGGUCAAGUUACAAAUAUGGGAUACUGCAGGUCAGGAGAGGUUUCGUUCAAUCACUCAGAGUUAUUAUCACAGUGCAGAUGCACUGGUACUGGUCUUUGAUGUGACGUCAAAAGAAAGUUUCAAUGCGCUACCAAGCUGGUUGAGAGAGGUAGAGCAGUAUGCCAGUCCUAAGGUCAUAUCUGUUUUAGUAGGUAAUAAAAUUGACCUUGCCAAGGAUAGAGAGGUGAACGAAGAAGAUGGACAAAGCUUUGCAGAUUCCCACUCGAUGCGUUUCCUGGAGACAUCAGCCAAAGAGUCUGACAAUGUGGAUCGCCUCUUCCUGGACAUUGCAGUUGAAUUAACCAAUAAUGUAAGAAAUGGUGAGAUCAGACAUGAUGAUCAUGAAGAUAUCAUCAAAGAUACUACUUCAGUCUCAACAUGCUGUAAAGGCUGACUCUUCCUGUCCUGUUGUAAAAUGCUUCUUGUUAAUCUGUUUCUUCAACUUCAUAAUGGUAAGAUCUGAUGACGCCAUCAAAGGCCCUUCGUCAAUAUCAAUAUGUAGUUGAACUAUGUGAUGUUAUCAGGUACGUUCAUCUGUGUAUUACAAAUAUCUGCGAUUGUAUCAUCAGAUAUUCUGAAGCACUGUAUUUAGUCCCAGUUAAACUCUGAUGAUAUCAUCAAAGACACUAUGCCAAGCUGUUAAAGGGUAGGGUUGGCCUUUCUGAUGAUAUCAUCAAAGGCACUACGCCAGGCUGUACAGCGGUAGGGUUGGCCUCUUUUGAUAUCAUCAAAGACACUAUUCCAGGCUGUUCAAGGGUAGGAUUAGCUCUUUUGAUGAUAUCAUCAGAGAGAUUACGCCAGGCUGUUCAAGAGUAGGGUUGGCCUCUGAUGAUACCACAAUAGGCACUUCUGUAGUCUGUACUUGCUGAAAGGCUGACUUCUGUAAUGAUAUCAUCACAGACUCCGGCUGACUGUACACGCUGCAAAUGUUGGCAUUACUGAUGUUAUCAUUAGACACACUACCCUUGAAUAUGGUUGUUAUCAAAACUACUAUCUCUGAUGAUACCAUCAAAUUGAACUCCAAUUAAUCCAGCCCGAUUUUUUUAUUGAAAGUAUUCUUUUCAGGUGGUGUAGUUGAGCUGUAUAAUAUGCAAGUACAAUAUAUAAUUAUGCACUCCAAUAUCCCACCAGUUAAUCAUCAUCCCGACUAUAGAUCUUUAACUAUUUCUCUCCACCUUUUAGUUCAACUUGAUUUCCAUGAAGUCAUCAAAAUUGAUUUAAAAAAAAAAUCAAAUUUUUCUUCAGUGAAAUGACUGUCAUCGUAGAACUCUUUGAAGAAGAAUUUUUUGGGUUAACUUGUCAGUAUAAGUAUUUUCUAAUCGAUAUUGUUAUGAAACAAAAAGAAUUGAAGUAUCUGCAUUCGAUAAUUUGCAAUAGAUUUUCUUGCCAUGUAUUAAAAGAUUUAUCAUUAAAACUCCACUGCCUAUAAAAAUUUGUGCAAUCUGCAAUACUGCAAUAUUAUGUUUAUCUGAAAAGUCUUUAUAGUCAUGUUCAAACAUAUAACAACUUUAUCAAUGUAACCUGUGUCGUAGUAUUCUGUCAAAAGUUGCAUGUCUGAGGGGCUUGGUGAUGAUGAUUAAUGACUUGUGAAGAAGGCGCUGCAUAGAUGAUCAG